UAUUGCAGCAUGUUUUGAGUGGGACAAACAGCUUAUGCAACUUUUCCAUGUUUCAUUUGUAUUUUACCACAUUACCUCCCUCAUCUGUAAGACAUUACUCACCGAGCUUUCGUAAUUGUGGAAGACGGACAUGACCAUACAGAAAUUUCCACUAUCUCCACUCAAUGGAACUGGAGUAUCUCCAGGUCCAGUGAACAUCAGCUUCUUCAGCUCAUGCUUA